AUCUCCUUUCAACCACACACUUGGAUUGUCUAUUAUACAAUUCAGUCUUGAGUUUCAUUAUAUCGCAUGAAAAGAUCAGUCAAACCAUGUCUUGCUCAAAAGACGAAGGUUCCUCGAAGAUCUUCCCAUCCCUGAAACACUCUCCAUCGGGAAAUGGCUUCUCCCACCUUGCUACCGACGGAGUCUACCGCAGUUUCAGCUCGAGUGGCGAGGUAGUAGAUUACAAGCAAUUAAGCCCCGCAGAAAUCUCCAAAAUGCUGGAGUUCUUCGAAAAACAUAUGAACUCGGAGAAGUUUCAGGAGGCUAAGAAGAAAUUUGACGGUGUGGAUGGCAGAGACGUGACUGAUCUGGAGCAACUGCUUCAUCCAGGACCGGAAGUCUGUCCAAUGAAAUUUAAAGAGUGAAAGACGACACAGUCUCGCGGACUUCUAUCUGCCUGUCUCGCCCUUGUGGAGAGCAUGGGGAAUGGGUGAGCACUAGUAUGUAAACUAUCGAGGCUGCAGCAAGAGUCGUCAGCAAGUUUUCUGCUCUGUUCACCUUUAUUGGCAGUAAUUCUACCUUUCUACUGGUUGAUUUGACGGAUCUGUGCUCAGACGCACUCUUCUUUGUCAACGACUGACAUAACCGCCCCCACCGGGCCGGAGGUCAGCAUUACAGUAGUUAUCCUCUGUGGACGAAAUGGUCGAAUAAUGACUCAGCAUUCGUAAAUCAGCUGUGGCUUGAGCCCAUUGGCGCUUCGUCAACCUUAAUCAGGCUUUCCUACUCAGCGUGGCAAGGCUGGCGGUCACAAAUCAAUCAGUACAGUUAAUGAUAGAGACAAGCUUGAGAAGAAUAUUGAUCCUAGCUACCGAGUAGGAACUAUUUAC